AUGAAUAUUGUUAAAUUACAGAGGAAGUUUCCGAUCUUAACCCAGGAGGAUUUAUUUAGUACUAUUGAAAAGUUUAGAGCCAUAGAUUUGGACGAUAAAGGUUGGGUUCAAAAACAAGAAGCCUUAGAAUCAGUUUCUCAAUCUGGUGAGACUACAUACGACGAAGCUAGAGAGACUUUAAAACGUGUCAAUGUCGAUGCAUCUGGUAGAGUGGAAUUAGAUGACUAUGUGGAAUUAGUUGCAAAACUGAAAGAAAAUAAGUCUGAGCCCGUUCCACAGACAAGUUUUGAUGUCUCUCCAGGCGUCGUAUCUUCUAUGCCGCAAGCAAAUAGACCUAUUUCUCCAUUGCCAAAUCAAGGUGGUGCAUCUAACAUUGGUGGUGCCACUGGACAGUUAUUAGGUCAUGCUGGAUCUGGUUCAAGAGCUAGAAUUAUUGUUGGUGGUGCUACUACUGGUACUACACACACUAUUAAUGAAGAAGAAAGAACUGAAUUUACUAAACAUAUUAACAGUGUUCUUGCUGGGGACCCACUAGUUGGAGCUUUAUUACCUUUUCCAACUGAUACCUUCCAAUUAUUUGAUGAAUGUAGAGAUGGUUUAGUCUUGUCCCAGUUGAUUAAUGACUCUGUACCAGAUACUAUUGAUACUAGAGUCUUAAACAUUCCAAAACCUGGUAAAGCAUUAAAUAACUUCCAAGCUAAUGAAAACGCUAAUAUUGUUAUUAAUUCGGCUAAAGCUAUUGGUUGCGUUGUGGUUAAUGUUCAUUCUGAAGACAUUGUGGAAGGGAAAGAACAUUUGAUUUUAGGUUUAAUUUGGCAAAUUAUUAGAAGAGGUCUUUUAAGUAAGAUUGAUAUUAAGUUACACCCAGAAUUAUAUCGUUUAUUAGAAGAGGAUGAAACUUUAGAGCAAUUCUUAAGAUUACCACCUGAACAAAUUCUGUUACGUUGGUUUAACUAUCAUUUAAAGCAAGCUAAAUGGGAUAAAUCAGUUUCUAAUUUUAGUAGUGAUGUUGCAAAUGGUGAAAACUAUACGAUCUUAUUAAAUCAAUUGGCUCCUGAUUUAUGUUCUAGAGGACCUUUACAAACUGUAGAUCUUUUACAAAGAGCAGAACAAAUAUUGGAAAAUGCAGAUAAAUUAGGUUGUAGAAAAUACUUGACACCAAGUGCACUUGUCGCGGGUAAUCCUAAGUUGAAUCUGGCAUUUGUAGCACAUUUAUUUAACACACAUCCAGGGUUGGAACCAGUAGAAGAAACAGAAGCCCCUGAAAUUGAAGAAUUUGAUGCUGAAGGUGAAAGAGAAGCUAGAGUGUUCACUUUAUGGCUGAAUUCGUUAGAUGUGGAUCCACCUAUCGUAUCUCUAUUUGAAGAUUUAAAGGACGGUAUUAUACUAGCACAAGCUUAUGAAAAGGUUAUGCCAGGAUCUGUAGAUUUUAAGCAAGUUAAUCAAAAGCCAUCAAAUGGUGCUGAAUUAUCAAGAUUUAAAGCUUUGGAAAAUACCAACUAUGCAGUAGAAUUAGGAAAAAGUAAAGGUUUCUCUUUAGUCGGUAUAGAAGGUUCUGAUAUUCUUGAUGGUAAUAAAUUAUUAACGUUAGGUUUGGUGUGGCAAUUAAUGCGUAGAAAUAUUACAACCACAAUGCAAAAUUUAUCAUCUAGUGGUAGAGAUAUGAGCGAUUCUCAAAUCUUAAAAUGGGCACAAGAACAAGUUGUUAAAGGUAGUAAAUCUACAACAAUACGUUCAUUUAAAGAUCCAUCGUUAGCUAAUGCACAUUUCUUGUUGGAUGUCUUAAACGGUAUUGCACCAGGUUAUGUGAAUUAUGAUUUAGUGACACCGGGUAAGACUGAAGAAGAACGUUAUGCUAAUGCUAGAUUGGCUAUUUCUAUAGCAAGAAAGUUGGGUGCUUUAAUUUGGUUGGUUCCUGAAGAUAUCAAUGAGGUCCGUUCCAGAUUGAUUUUAACUUUUAUUGCAUCUUUAAUGUCUUUGAACAGAAACUGA